GUGUCUUGAGGGAAAAGUACAUUUAACUUAAUACCGACAGUGAUAGCAUGGUUAUUAAAGACGUUUUCUGCCAUUUUUACCAAACAAGCUACAGCUGGUGAAAAUCGUGUCGUCCGGAGACCGAAACCAAGAUGGGUGUUUGGACUUCAAUGAGUUUGCCAAAUAUCUGAAGGAGCAUGAGAUGAAGCUGUUGCUGACGUUCAAGAGUCUGGACAGAAACAACGAUGGGCGCAUCGAUGCCACGGAGAUCCAGCAGGCCCUGGCGGAGCUGGGCAUGCACAUCAGCAGGGAGGGUGCCCGGAGGAUCUUACACAGCAUGGACAUCGAUGGGACCAUGAUGGUGGACUGGAACGAGUUCAGAGAGCACUUCCUGCUGUACCCUGCCUUCAACCUGGAAGAGAUCAUCCGCUACUGGAAGCACUCAUCGGUGCUGGACAUCGGCGACAGUCUGUCCAUCCCGGACGAGUUUACGGAGGAGGAGAAGCGGUCGGACGAGUGGUGGAAGCAGCUGGUUGCAGGGGCGGUGGCGGGCGCCGUCUCCCGCACGGGUACAGCCCCUCUGGACAGGCUCAAGGUCUUCAUGCAGGUUCAUUCUUCCAAAACUAACAAGAUAAGCCUGAUGGGAGGCCUCAGACAGAUGAUUGUAGAAGGAGGCCUGAUGUCACUGUGGAGAGGGAACGGGAUCAACGUCUUAAAGAUCGCACCUGAGACCGCCAUCAAAUUCAUGGCAUACGAACAAUAUAAGAAGUUGUUGACUUCAGAAGGGAAGAAGAUAGAGACCCAUAAGAGGUUCAUGGCAGGGUCGCUGGCCGGGGCCACGGCGCAGACGGCCAUCUACCCAAUGGAGGUUUUAAAGACUCGGUUGACCUUGAGGAAAACUGGCCAAUACGCAGGAAUGUUUGACUGUGCCAAGAAGAUCCUGAGGAAGGAGGGCGUCAUUGCUUUUUAUAAGGGCUACAUUCCAAACUUAAUAGGCAUUAUUCCCUACGCAGGGAUAGACCUCGCUGUUUAUGAGACCCUGAAGAACACCUGGUUGUCAUAUCACGCCAAAGACUCCGCUAACCCUGGAGUUCUGGUGCUGCUGGGCUGCGGGACCAUCUCCAGUACCUGCGGCCAGCUCGCCAGCUACCCUCUGGCUCUAGUACGCACGCGGAUGCAGGCGCAAGCGUCUCUGGAUGUGUCUGACCAGCCCUCCAUGAGUUCCCUGCUGAGGACGAUUGUAGCCAAAGAUGGUUUCUUUGGGCUCUACCGGGGCAUCCUGCCAAAUUUCAUGAAAGUCAUUCCUGCUGUCAGCAUCAGCUAUGUGGUUUACGAGUACAUGAAGACUGGCUUAGGGAUCUCAAAAUGAUAACUGCGAGCAGCAGAGCAGAGACACCCCCGCAGUAUUUAUUAGACUUGAAAACAAAACAAAAAAAUCUCCAUAGCAUACAGAGCAUGACUUUAUGGGUUCACUGAAUGGAAAGCUGUAUGUGUGUUUUUAAGAAUUGCCUGCCAGUAGUGUUUUAACCAAUUGUGGUGCGCAUGCUUUAUUUUUAAUCUUUAAGGUUGCACAUUUCACACCCCUGAAGACGCAGUCGACAACCGAUGCUUGACAAAGAUAUUUCUGUAGAUAAAACCUACCGAUCGUUUUAUUUAUGCCACUUGUUUUAGGUUAUGAUGAAAAAAAAAAAGACACAAUGUGAUUUUUUAAAAAUAUAUAAAUAUAUCUAAGAGAAGAAGAUUUUCUCUCCAAGGAAAGUUGGAUCUUAUCCUAAGCUACACUCUUUUCACGAUCAGAAAAGUAACACUAAGUCUGCUUAAAUGUGUACAUGUCCACACACUGGAGAUCCCAUUUCUCACUUUUAAGUUGAAAAACCACUCCUCCCCUUCUAAGGACAUCCGCUUCACACCAGCAGGGCUCCAACCAGCAGCUGUGGGCUAAACAGAACUAGGCCUCAAAAAAAAAUAUCCAUACCUAUUAACACUGGAACCGCGUGUGCACAGCGGCACACUUCUCGUGCAACGUGAAGCCCUGCGUGCUCCAUCGUUAUUUACAUGUGCCUUACAGCCUCUUGAUGCAAACCUCGGAGAUGAGUUUUUUUCAGCUAUAUGAACUGUAUUUAUGAACUGUAUAUCUAAUUGUUUUCAGGUAUGCAUAUUUAUUGGACUGAUUGACAAAAACUGUUAAUAGACUGAAGUACCUGUAAAAGCUCAAACUGUGUCACGUGUCUCUUAUUUUCAAUCAGAAAGACUGUAAGCAUGCACAACAGGGGUAACUUUUUGUUGUUUUGUGAAACUAAAAGAUGAUUUUAUUAUUUUUUUUCAAAGCAAACAUGACAGUGUUAUCUCUUUGUGAUUUCAAGGCUUAGAGUACAGCAAUAGUUAGCAGUUUUAGUGUCAAUCAGGAAGACUUUACAUUCAAAUUUAAGGUUUGUUUUUUACUGGAAUACGGUGUUGUAAAGUUGGCAGACCUACACAAGCGGUUAGUAGAGAUUAAUUUCUCCUAGCUGAUAUCAAACUAAAAACAACAACAAAAAAAUGGACAAAUUGUAAAGACUGCUGACAGAGACAGAGCCAAACUGAGACUAAUAAAUGAAUGGUGGUUAGGUUUGAAAGUUUUAGGACUCCCUGUCUCUAAGAUGGAGUUACCCUGCAACAUUUUAUGAACAGAUUUUUAUCAGAUACAAAUAUUUAACAGUUUACAUUUGAUUCUGUCACCUUUCCUUUAUUUAUUUUUUAUUUUAGAGCUUUUUUCCCCCCUACAUUUUUAUGUGUAGAAAUUAUAUUUACUAUUUUUUUUUUUUUUUUGCAAAAUAAGGUUACACAUAAACAUAACUAUGGAAAUUCAUCUUAUAAGGAUUAAAGAACAAAAUGUGAUUAUUUUUUUUGUGUGUGUGUGUGUGUUCCAGUCUGACAGAGUUUCAAAGGGCUGCUGAUUUCACAUCAUUGCAUUUUGAUUUUAUGGUGGACUGAGUUUGAAUGACCAAAAUGUGAACGGAACAGCAUAUUUUUUUUUUUUUGUUGAAUGUUAGAAGUGGUAAAGACUGGGAAACUAAGUUUUUAUCUAACAUACUGAAAAUGUUUUUUAAACUUUGUAACAGAACAAUAUCAGUUGCAUAAAAGCUUUAUAUUGCAUGGAGACAUGUAAUUAAGAGUCAAAUAAAUGUGGUGGAGUGGAAAGUAAAA